ACAUUUUUCUACGAUUAUGAAGCUUCCGACACCUUACUGGCUUCAGUUUCAUCUAGGCCAUAGAAAUUUUUUUCGGUGUCGUCAAUAGAAAUUUGGUUUAGAAAUUUGGUUUAAUUAAUUUUUUGUUUUUUUGUUAUCAUAACUCCAAGCAAUUUUCUUUUCUACUCAUCUAAUAAUUUUCUAGAAGUGUCGUUCAAUGUAUAUCAAGAAAAUUUGAAAUCAGUUAUUGAGCGUUAUCUGCCUUGUUUCGUCUGUUCUGCGAACAUAUCUCACUAUCAAAUUGGAUAUUAGAGGCUGCCGAUCUGCCCCACGUUCCUACGCUUUGAAUAUUUUAUCGUGUCCCUAUCGUUUUUUAUGGUUAUCAACAUUUCAACAUUCCUAGCGCAUGCGCAAAGCAGCCGCUAUGCUUUGUUUUUGUUAUGCUUUUAUCCUUCAUAUCCCCAUAUGUGGGUUAUUACGGCUGAUUUUGUUCAUCCCAUCCCCUCGUUUCUAAAUGUUAGUUUUGAUUAAAGGAUAUUUCAAAGUCAAAAAUACCCUCACAUUGUGUCAAAGAAUAUUUUCUUUUCAUAUGUAUUUAUAAGGCAUAUAAAAUAGCCAUUGUAUUAACGCUAAAGCAGAUACGCAAAGCAUCCAUAAAUUUGUGGUCUCUUCCACUAAUAUUUUCAAUCACAAGUGAGUUACUUCAGUAUCUAAGACAACUAACAGCACUCCCGAUAUAUCUCAGACGCCUUUAUCUACCGUCUCCAUCACCAACGGAUCGUGCAUCAUGAAUAAACUUUGCCGUCAACUGUCAAUAGAAUCGCCAGGCCCUGUAGUAAAAAAUUGCGUCUUUAAUUUUUUUGUGCCCAUUGAAGAUACCCCUGCGCUAGGAGCACGUAUUGAAAUCGUCUGCGCCGGUGCGUGCUAUAGACGCCGUGACCGAUCAGCCUCCUUUAGCAGUAUGUCAUCUGUAGCCUCCGAUCUUAGUGAUUAUUGCGCUUCGGUAGCAUCCUCUCAGUCGUCUCCAGCUCAUGCCGCGGUACGAGAAGGUUCAUUAUUUCCGGGUUUUGAAGUUGCGGGCGUUAUUGAAUCAUUGGGUAACGAAAUCAAUGAAGAAAACAAUUGCGGCUUACAUAUAGGGCAACGAGUAAUCGUUUAUCCCUUCGAGGAAGCUCCGGCUGGUUAUGCUGAACUCUUGGUAGUGCCAGAUUUAAAAUACAUAGUUCCAAUACCAGACCAUUUACCUAUAAGUGUAGCCGCUAUGUUGCCCACCGGAGCUCUAUUAGCAAUGAACGCUGUUUUCAAAGCGCAUGACGUAGUAAUUGAAAUGCUAAAGGAACGAUCUUCAGACGCGAACGAUUCUAAGAAAAAAUGCAAAAUUCUGAUUGUUGGUACGGGCGGAUUGGCACUGUGGGCUGUAAGAAUUGCAAGUUAUCAUUUUGCUUCUACCGGAGCCAACAAUUACAUAGACGUCACCGUAGCGAGUCUAAGAGAUGAGGGUUUUCGCUUGGCUACCGAAAUGAAGAGUGUAAGUGUCGUGCAAUGGAAUGAAUGCUUAUAUGAGCCCCAAUUAAUAGAGCGUACGCAAAAUAUGUGUGGUGGCCCCGUAGAUGUGGUCAUUGAUUUCGGCACAACAUCACGCAGCUUGCAUCGAUCCCUGCAUUGCUUAUCAAAAGUUGGUGUCGUUUUAGUUAGCGAAGAAGUUGCUGAACGUUUAUUGCCAAAGUUUUCACGCCUAUUAAGUGAAACGCAGCAAAAAAUUAUACCUAUACCGACAGGUUCCAUAAAACAAUUACACGAUUUAGUUAAUUUAGUGGCAGAAAAAAAGAUUCAACCUCCACCGUAUUCGGUAUUCCCUUGUGAGCAAGCGUCUGAAGUUAUACAAAAACUAUGCAAUUCUGAAAUACCUGGACGUGCUAUUUUACGUUUCCGCGAUAUUGAAUAAAUGCAAAGACGAAUAAAAUAUUUUUCCCACAAGAUCGCAAAGUUCUUUAUGUACAUAUACGUAA